CGCUACUAUUUGAGGGAAAAAUGACACUUGAGACAUCACACACAUGCAUACACACACACAUGCGUAUCGUCAUCCCAUCCCAUCCCAUCCUCCAAUCCACAUACAUACCUACAUCCAUCCACGCAUACCUAGGGAGAUCCACGAUGCCUGCCUGCCUGCCUGCCUCUCUGUUGGUUAGCUAGAAGGAGCUCAUUUUGUGCAGUGCGUUAGUCGUGACCGUCACAUCGAAGUCGGGGACGGCGGCAGCGACGAUGUCCUCAUCUUCAGCCGCCGAAAACUCCUGCAGUGCCACCGACACCAAAUGCUCAUCCGCUGCAUACCAAAUGCAACAGAUCAUUGGAUGAGGCGAUCAGUACACACACACACACACACACACGCGAUGGAAAGACAUGAGAGAGUUUCGGUUGUAUGUGUGUGGUGGCGAGGUGGCGUGUGUCUUACGUUUGGUGGCGAGGCUGGUCCUUGAGAAGGAUAUGAGAGGCUGCUCGAGGCCCGACGGCACGUGACCACCCUCUGUCAGCUCAUCCUCCUGAAGAACAAAACCACACACAUAGAUCCGAUCCGAGUGCACACACUUGAUACGGAAAAGUGGGAGACACAAUACUUGCCAGAGGCCUUGGCAGCUUACGAAUGCGUGUAUUUGCUCCAGCCACCUCCAUUCGUUCUUCUCGCUGAUGGCCGCCUCGCCCCUUUGCUGCUGCUGCUGCUGCUGCUGGGGCACAUCCACGGGGACGAUCGACGGCUGCUCCAACACCCACACAACGAUCUGAUACACAACAUUCACAGCAGGGAGUGUGUCGGUCGGUCAGUCAGUCAGUCAGGAAUGGAGGCAUGCCUGCCUCUGACUGACCUGUUUGGUUGUAGCGGCGCAGACCCACAGCUUGGGUUCACCAGCCUGUGUGUCGCUGACGUCACUGGCGCGGCGGAGAUGCAGGUGCGACUCUGGCUGGCCCUCCUCAAACAUGUGAACCCCCACACAGGGGUGGCCCAGCAGACACCCACCCAGCAGCUUCCACGGACCCUUUAUGUGGUGGCCUCGCUGCAGAAACCUGUCCAGCACAGAGAGGGAGGGACGGGCAUUCAUAGACACACAAGACAGUGGGUGUGGCGUAUAUGGGUACGGUACCCCACCCUGGUGUGUGUUUGCCUGUGUAGUGUAUGUACCUGACUUGUGGGAGGUGUGUGCCGCAUGCAAUGAUGGUGUCUCCCUUGGAGUUGAUGCAAGCUGCAAACACACAGCGGGACACACACAGACCACGGUGGCCGUCUGUCACCGUGUGUGUGUGGGCCUGGCUGACCAGCAUGUAGGUGGCAGAGUGACUCUGACAUUCGGAGGCCGCCUGGGGCCGUGUGGUGGUGCUGGGUCUUGCGUGGCACGUGGCCGUCCAGAUUUACCGUCUCCACCAACCUGACACAUGCCCACACGCACACGCGUGGAUCCAUGUGUACUGAAGACAGUCAGGACUGACUGAUCAAUACUGACUGACUCGAGUGUCUGGAAAUCCCACAGCUGCAGCUGGUCGUGGUCCCUGAAGAGGACAAACCAGAGACACCAACGGCGGCAAGCAGAGACACAUGCAGCGGCAAUGAAUGCGCGUGUCUCCAGCCAUGGAUUCUGUCGUCGUUGUCCCUCGCUUGUCUUGCCUGUAGGAUGCGCUGAGUAUCUGGCAUGACUUGUGCGGCUCCAGCUCCCGUGUGGGUGUGUGUGACGACGGGUGGGAGGCAGGGGUGUGGGACUUGGACGGCGUGUGCGACUUGGAGCCUUGACGAGACACGAUCACCGGCGCGAAGGCCACGUCAGCUGCCUGGGCCGUCAAGGGCCGCACCCUGUCCAGCACGCGCACUGAAUGCUCCUGACGGCAAUCCCACACCUGCACACACAUACAUACGCGAAUGAAUGCACAGGUGAAUGAAUGUCUCCGUGCGUUUGCUUAUUGAUGCUAGCCGAGGGAGGGAUGCUGGCUACUCUUGGAAAGGGUGUGGUGUGUACCUGACCUGAAUGGUGUCGUCACAUCCCGCCGUGACGAACAUCUCGGGGUCAGUAGGAUGAAACCGCAAAGCGACUAUGCGAUUCCUGACAUACAAUACAUACACACAUACACACAUACGAAGCAUCGGAGGUAUGCAACUAAUGUAUGUAUGCACCACACCUUAUCUAUCUUUCUCUUUAUUGUGGAUGUCACCCACUUACGAGUGUGCCGUGUCUGUCGAGUACGAGUCGGUCCAGAACCCCUGUGAGAGCCGGUGCAGGACCUUCUUAGUCAGGUCAUCGUACACCAUGAUCUCACGCUUGGCGCCAGCACCUGAAACGAAACACCACCGAUGGAUAGACAGACGACGUCACGUCAACCCAUCGAUACAUACAUAUCCAUAUGGUAUGUGGCAGCUUACUUACAGGCGAAUUUGUGUCCGCUGCAGUCAUAGUCGCAGCACAGGAGGGCGUCUGGUUCUUCGUCGACAUGGUUGAAGGGCCGGGCCCUCCAGGUCACCUUGCCACUGGGCGGAUGGCACGUCACCACCUCACCACCUGCACACCCCACACACAGAGAAGAGACAGCACUUGUAUGUGGGCGAGAGGGGGUCUGUCGAGCACCGGCCACCUGCGAGGGUGGCGAGUAUGACGUUCUCUGGCUGCCGGCUGGCUGGUCGCCACUUGAUAUCCGUCACUUGCUGCACAAUCGAUUGCACGUGAAAGAUUGUACCCCUUCGGGUGGCUUGUCCCCUGUCCCCCCCUGUGCGUACCUACCGUGUUGCCGAGCUGUAGGCGGUAGACCUCGGUGCCUCUCUUGAGCAACAACACAUGAAGCACUGUAUACACACACCGAUGCAUGGGUAAUGAACCGCCGCUCACAGACAGCUUCUGAGUGUCUGCCGGGCCCACGUACUGCCGGCUGAUGUCCCUGCGGCGACGAAGGAGCCCUGGCAUCGAAUGCACGAGUACUGAGGGGCUGUGCCACUCCUGCAAACACCCGUGGCACGCACCGACGUCAGUCAACCACCAGAGACGAAACACAAGACAGGAUGAUGCAUCGGUGUUUGCUGGUGAGCGGGCAGCUCACUUUGAUUCCAGCUGGACGGACCACAACUGCGAGGCCUUCAUCUUUUC